AUGAAGCGAUUAAUGCUAUUUCAUGUGAUACAAACGUAUGUCCCAUCAGCAAUGCUUGUCUCUAUUUCAUGGAUGAGCUUUUGGCUUGACCCUCGUGCAUCACCAGCUCGGGUGACACUGACCAUUACAACAUUGCUUACAUUGACCACAAUGAGUAAUGGUGCAAGACAAGAUUUACCGCAAGUUAGCUAUAUUAAAGCACUGGAUAUUUGGUUAACAUUCUCACAGGCAUUAAUAUUUCUUGUAUUGUUGGAGUAUUCAUUUGUUAGCUAUUAUUUAACCAAACGUGAUUACAAUUGCAUACAUCGUCAUGUUUUUGGUACCACCGAACUUCAUUCUGAAAUGGGAAAG